CAUUCCUUCUGCUCACCCUCUUUCCCACUGACUCACAGAUAGCUGCCGCUACAGUGUGAUUAAUCACCGAUCAACUGCACGACGAUAUGAGGGUGACUAUCUCUCCUCAGUAAUGGCUACCAUAGUACUUUCUCGGUCGUUGUGGCGGCAGAGUGCUUUUCACCAGCCUGGCACUCGAAUCCAGAGCAUAGCAAUGUCUCGGCGACGACCCUUCUCCUCCUACUUUGUCACUCCGAAAGAAGUCCACGAAGCACUCCGUAAAAAUCCUCCCACCGCGAUCUCCACCGAUGCGAAAGUCAUUCCUAUUUGUGCAGCAUGGUUCAUGCCGAACGAUCCUGAGAAAAGGACGGGGCUCGACGUCUUUCAAAAGAAGAGAAUACCCACGGCAAGAUUCUUCGAUAUUGAUGAGAUAAAAGACAAAGAGUCAGAAUAUCCACACAUGCUGCCGACGUGCGACGAAUUUGCCCAUGCCAUGUCCAAGCUGGGGGUCAGGAAAGAGGAUGAAUUGGUCAUCUAUGAUACUGAAGAGCUUGGAUUGUUCUCCGCUCCUCGGGUUGCAUGGACGAUGCGAGUAUACGGUCAUCCCAAGGUUCAUGUGCUCAACAACUUUCGUCUCUGGGUAAAAGAAGGACUUCCUGUCGAGACCGGGCCGCCGCAGGUGCCCAACAUCACCAAAUACCCCGUGCCCAGCUACAAUACGGACAUGGUGGUCAAGUUCGCAGAAAUGAAGACUAUUGGAUACGAUCAUGGAAAAGAGGGCGCCGAAGACAUUCAGAUCCUUGACGCUCGGUCGAAGGGCAGGUGGGAAGGUACAGAGCCGGAACCUCGACCAGGGCUGAAGUCGGGACACAUGCCAGGCUCGACAAGCCUACCAUUCCAAGAGCUUCUGGACCCGGAAACGAAAACGAUGCUACCCAAGGAAGCGCUGAGGAAGAUUUUCGAAGACAAACACGUCGAUCUCAAGAAGCCCAUAAUUACCAGUUGCGGGACAGGAGUAACGGCAGCAAUUAUCGAAGCUGCACUCAAAGAGGCAGACUAUGGAGCAGAAGAUGACCGAAGACUAUACGAUGGCAGCUGGACGGAAUGGGCUUCUAGGGUCUCGCCUACGAGUGGUCUCAUUCAGUCCGGCCGGUCAACUUGAUGAAAAUUGUCAAUCUGCCUGUUUUUGAGUGAUCCCAGUCUCAUUUCGCUGGCCUUUUUACCGUCAGAAUUGCAUGCUUAUGUGAAUUUCAAUAUUAGCGACGGUGUAUGGCGUUUUAAGUCGAGCGUACGAAGUGUCGGCUGAUAUUUCGAAUAUGAUUCUACUCUGUCAUCCU